CACGAGUCUGUCUACCUACCAAGCUAGGUACCUUCUUACCUUGGCAGCAUCGAAAUUAUUCAGCAACACUUACGAGCAAGGCACUAUCGUCACUACGAUAUCAAUUCAUAAAUCUACCAUGGAGACUCAAGCAUCUAAACGUAAUCCCCUGCCCUCCAUCUGGACCGGUGGCUAUCGUGAUGGCGGCUUCCCUCGGGGCACAUCCCGCCGGCAGUUGACCACUCCUGUUGGCCCCUCACCAAUGUCGCCACAUGGUGCUCACGGUCCAGAGGUUAUGCUUCCGCGCCAUCACCAAGAUCAGGUCACGGAGCUCGGCAGGUCUCUCGUCCAAACGCUUGGUCGCCGGACCAGCGCGACGAUAUCUUCACCCCAGCCCACUUCUAUAUCAUCUCCUCUGUCUGGUGCUUUCAACAGGAUGUCGGUCGGCGGCACUAGUGCUUACGCCGCAAAUACAUCCCUCCUGCUCACGGGUGUCAGCGAAAACGACAUCAAGUCACCCCUGGAGCGGCGCAAGUCCGUCGCCAUGGAGAUGAGGCAUCCUCAGACAAUCUUAGUGACAGCAGUCGCUUCGCGCAGCAGGGACCAGGUUACCAUGGUUGGAGGAAAGGUCAGCAUCAACGCAACCGUGUUUCCUCGUGUCAACCAGCGCUCCCCCUUUAGGAUGUCGCGCGAGUUCAACCUAAAAAAAGUUCACGACAUGAUCCCUGGUCCAGCGCGCCGGCCAUCGAUCACGAGCGUUCCUUCAUCCCCAGAGACACCGCGGCGUAUGUCUACCCUGGUUGAGAGGAGGUCAUCCUCGGUCGUGGUCCGACCUGCUGUGGUUCGGCGCAGCAUUGCUGGCGACUUUAAUGAUAGCGCGAACGUCCCACCAAACACAAGGCCUAUCUCUUGGCCACACGCCCGCCUUUGCCUUCCAAUCCUAGCGUCCCUGAUGCUUUCGGGUCAGCUUCGAGACGGCGACAGGAUCGAAAUCCCGAUGCCACAUCCCGAGGCGUGGCCCCAGACGUGGGCAUACCUGUGCAUGGCCGAUGGCGGCGAGGUGCACGAGAGCAUGAAGCAGAACAUCCUCUACCUAGGCGGUAAGCUUUUGGAGUGA